AUGACUAUAGUUGUAGAUAAACCCUUUGAAGAAAAUCAUAAAGACGAAGAAGAACAGAAGCUUCCAAGAACACACCUGGAAAGUAUAAAAAAUCCUUGUCAGAUAACACAUGAAAUACAUUUUGUUGAAAACUUGCGUGGCCUCUACAGCACGCGUUUUUCUAAAACUGGUGAAGUUAUAGCUGCAGGUUUUGGAUCCGGCAGUAUUCAGCUUCGAAAUGGUGAAACUGGUGAGUUAGAAGAAACGUUUAAAUCCGGAAAUUCCAUGCCAAUCACGUGCUGCAGAUUCAAUCCAGUUCACAGCGAGAUCUUCUAUGCUUCCAGUGCCUGCGGAAUUAUUUUCAUUUGUAACACAUACACUAAAGAGUUCUCCCAAUUUGUAUUCGAACUAAAGAAUGAGAUGAAUACUAUAGAUGUUAAUAUCACUGGAGAUUAUUUGGUUUCUGGUGGUAAAGACGCAGCUAUUCGACUUUACAAUGUAAAAACUACUCAAUUGAUACAAAUGUACAAAAAGAAUAAAGAAGAUCUGACUGAAAGUAAAGCCACAAAUUUUCAUCAAAUGAGGAUAUUUGCAACACGAUUUCACAAAGAAUAUUCCGAUCUAAUUAUAACUGGAGGCUGGGAUGAUACUGUUAGAAUUUGGGAUAUCAGAGUUCCGGCCGGUUCAGUGAGAAUUAUUAAAGGGCCUCAUAUAUGCGGUGACGCCAUUGACAUGCAUAAGACGUACAUCCUAACAGGCUCCUGGAUAGUGCGCGAUAGUCUGCAAGUAUGGGAUUUAAUGAGCGCGAAACUCAUUGAAACAAUAAAUCCGUAUAACAGACUGCCGACUUUGAACGGUGAGUUCCUUUAUGCAGUGCAAUAUUUUGAUAAGGAUCCUGAUGAUCUCGUCCUAGUUGGAGGUUCCGGUAUUAAUGGAGUUGAAAUAAUUAGUUUAAGUGAAAAGAAGGUAAUGGGAAGCUUCAAUGCAAGCAAGUCAAUAUUCACUAUAGAUAGCUACCAAGCCACAGUAACAUUUGGUGGCAUGGAAUCUGUGUUAAAGAUUGGAAAUUAUAAUUUUAUCAAUGAAAAUUUAUUGUAA